AUGGAUUUAAUUUCAAAAGACGAUACCACACUGCUACAUAGCGUGCAAGUCGAGUCUAUAGAGUUCAUUGCCCAGGUCAUAACAUCUUCGACUACUACUAAUUCCUCGACUGGACUUUCAUCCACAUGCGACCUUUUACCUUCGGAGGGGAGUCAAAAGAAAAAGAAGAAGAAAAAAUCAAAGAAGCCAAAGACUCAUGAAACUAGUGAUCCUCCGGUAAAAUCACGGGCAGCUCCUUCACCUGACUUCGAGCGCGCUUCUGUGCUCUGCAUUAGUAGAAACAAGCACUGGAAAUAUAUCAGCUCUUACCACGGUCCGUGGCUGCAACUUCCGUUGGAGUUGCUGGAAUCGUUGCUUGUCCUCAAUCUUGACCCUGCUACCCUAUCUUCGUCGGAAACGCAGCUACCUGCUCUUGCUUAUUCGUCUCAAGCUUCGCUUGGAAGCAUUCAGUCACGACCGACACCACGUCCCCGCGACCGCGACCGCAUACUGUAUUCACUCAAGGAUAAUACUCCUCCGGAAUCACCUGGUAAUACUUUUACCACAUUGCCGACGCCUUAUGCUCCGACCUCACAGUCAGUUGCGUUUCCCCUGCCCGCUCCGGGUAAAGCUACUCCGCCGCCCAUUGACCCUGGUGUUUUCCGAAACGUUGCAGCGAUUCGGAGGCUUAUCGAUGAGGCUUCUGAACUUUCUGUGCGCGCAUCUUCUGGUCUCUCCGCUGUUGCUCUUGGCUCUAUGCGCACACCAAGUAAUGGUGCCUGGACUACGGCUCAAGGGCUGGGCUUUGACGGCUCUAAUAACGUCGGCGGAGGCAGGAAUGUCGCUAUGAGCGCAAUGCGUGUGCAUAGGCUCAGAGCCCUUGCUGUUCAGAAACUUGCGGCCGCUUACAAGGCGGAUGAAAUUGCCAGUAGCGUCAUGGUAAUGCAAGGAGGAAGCGUAUUUGACGAUAUCGCUGAGAAAGUUCUCAAGUUUGAUUCUAACGACGCUGAUGCACGAUAUGUUCAUUUCUUCCAUGAAAAGAUUCCCUCUCGGCAACUUGCGGACUCCACAUCAACGCAAGUGCUUGAUGAGUUGAUUGCAGCCCAUCCUCAGCGACUGGAAUAUCAUCGGACGCGUGGAAUAGUCCACUGUUUCCGCGACGAGUAUCCCUUGGCGACAAAAGACUUUACUCACGCCCUACGGGAGUCCCGUGCGGCGCGAAAAGCGCGUGCCGCACAUCAAGAUUUAAUAUCUUCCCGUGAGCUUCGGGGGAAAGCUGCUAAGAAGAAAAGGGGCUCCAAUAAAAUCUGGGGACAGGCGCCUCCUAGUGGUACUAGUGCCGCUGCGAAUGGGUCCAAUGUCGAAGGAAUCAAUGAGGAACCGUUACUUUUACAUCCUUCGGUUUUGCCAGAUGCACCAGACCCUAUCGAACCGCAGUUAUUAUUUUUGCGGGGGGCGGCACAUUUGCAGCAUGCCGUGUACCUCAUUGAGUCCGCAGUAUUGCGGCUCGAGGGCGUCAGCAAGGUCAAUUCAUCCCUUGAUGGAGCUGAGAUGCGCCUUUGUUACCUCUCUAACGGCCGCUACGGGGGAGUCGAGAUGGGGAAUCCUGACGGACCGCUGGGGCGCAGUGAUGGCCCAAAAGCCCAGGCGUACCGGCGAGUUCUAGCUGAUGACGGGUUUCGUGAAAACAUUCACUCGCUCCUAAGGAAGAGCUUGCGUGAUCAUGAACGCUUCCUCUCUCAUUUUGACACUCUAGAAGGUCCUGCGCCAAUGCAAGCAGAUCUGGCUAAAAGGGUGGAGGUUGCCUUCCUUUUAACUGAACUAGUGCGCCCAAAUAUUCAUACGUCAACCGCCACUGGCCUCGCACACGUCGACUCCAUUCUCCCGCCAAUGUUCACUACCUACCACCCCUUACUCGUGGAGUCUCAUUUCAGUAUCCUUAUUUGCCAACUUAUGCUCGCCGAGUUACCCACUCUCCUCACUACUUUCUCGCGGACUGCAGUCGUUGUAGAUGGGCUGGAGGGAUACCCCGUGUUUCUACCUCCACGGUCGAUGGCUCAAGCUGAGUUCAUAGAGGUCCUCGAACGCCUUGCUAGUGGAUGGAUGCCGGGCAUACAACCUCAUUCAUAUGUACAGGGCAAGAAGGCGACAAACCGGCUUGUAAUUGAGCCUCCACCGCCCCCCUCACCGCCCACGUCUUCCACCGAUACCAUAUCCACAUUUUCUGCGGACGCAGACUCUUACCCUGCUUUCGCAUCUGUUUCGAACACAUGCCAAAUUCCGUCAGGUUCCUCGUUGCCCACCAACGGACGAAAUACCCCUUCUAGUGCAUUCAGCGGGAGUCGUGAGGAUCUUCUAGAGGCAUUAGAUUGUGCCAGAAUUUUACUCGUCCCUGUGGCUGCAAGGCAAAAGGAACGUGCUGAGAAGGCAGCAGCGGAGAAAGUCAAAGCUGGGAACAAAAAGAAGCCAUUAAAUUUCAACAUACCGUUACACGGCCCACGAGUGGAAAUCAUCCUUGCGUGGUUUGCAGCUGUUCAUCUUGUUGAACUAGAGAGCGUUGCCUGA